GUGCGAUAAACCCCUCUGGAGAUCCCGAGUUUGAGGACCAGGACGGCGUUCCUCGCGAUACCGCGCUUGCCAUCUCCGACUCGAAGAUUCGCGUCAUCCAGAACUGCUCAAUCAACACAGAAGGCUGGGACGCUGGCUGGGUCGGCGGCCCCGGGCCCGACGACGAGACAGAGUAUCUCAUCUCCCACGGUCCCAUCAUCAUGGUCCAAACGUUUGCGCUCCCUAUCCUGCAUCUGGCCACGUGCGGACGCGUCACGCCAUUGCGACUUUGGCGUCUGGCGAUGCACAAGGGCAUGUCGAUGAAGCACUUCGACGAACCUGGGAUCCCUGGGGUGCACUAUGGAGAGGUGCAUGAGCACAGAUACACGGAGCUGUACGAUGAGCGUCUGCCUCCGCAUUUCUUAGAUGUGGACGAGAUUGUCGCGCUCGAAGAGCUUGGCGACGUGGGGGCCAUCAAGUCAGCCAUUGUGCACCGAGGUGGCUUUUGGAUGUGGAUGAGGCCCGAUAACUUUCCUCUAAAGGCUACAUCAGAGCCUCUAUCCCCAUCUUUGACAUCUCCGCCUAAAAC